AUGGUGAUUGGUAAUAUGGAUAGUACUCAUCCUAAGAAUGAGACUACUAAAAUUGAUAAGGGUAAUGUUACUAUUAAAACUGGUACUGUUGAAAAUGGUGAGUGUAAAACUGCUACUCCUCCUAAAAUUACUGGUGGCAGUGGUAAGCAUGCUUCUAAGGAGGGUAAGGGCGCUACUCUUACUCUUAGCGUUACUGAUGCUACUUCUCUUGCUGCUAUUGAGGAUACUAGUGCUACUCAGUGUAAUGUUAGUGUGGAUACUGAUAAACUUACUAUUAAAUAUACUGAUACUGCUGUCACCGCUGCUGAAACUGCUGCUUCUACUAACAAACUACAAUCUGCUAACCUCACGCUCAAUGCUAGUAGUGGUGGUGGUAAUCCUGAUGCUCUAACCUAUAAAUUUCCCAGGCCUAUAACUCUCAACAGCACUAUUACUGUCAAAUUAAAACUUCAAGACACUAACAUCACCAUCACUCAAUCCGGUACUAGCAAUACGGUCAAAGCCACUCUCACUACCAUCGCUUCCAAAUCCACUACUCUCACUACUCUCAAAACUGGUGUAGAUCUCAAUCUUACUACUGGACCUCUGCAAACCCCUAAACUCAAACUAAAUAACGAAGCUAUCAAGACCUCUACUGAGCUCAAGACAGGUGAGAAAAUCACACUCACUGGAAACAUCGGCACUGGUACUACCAUCGAGGCCACUGGUCCUAUAGAAAUCACCGACAAGAAUGGACAACCUUCUGAUACUUCUCUCACACUCUCCGAUGGUGCUACUGUUAAUCUCUCUGGUGGUCUCACAGGGAGUGGCAAUCUCACCAUCGAUAAUAGUAAAGCUACUCUCUCCGGUGUUAAUCUUGCAGCUGUCCAGUAUGAUCCCAAGGAACUUCACGAUGUUCACAAAACUUAUAACUGUUGUUACUAUGGUAAGUUCAAUCUAUGGAAACGAUACCAAUACGCCCCUGAUUGGACAAAACCCACUGAAACUACUCCUGUUCAUGCUUACCUAUCGAACUUCUUUGAUCUAUUAAUGGUUAUUAAGAUUUCUCUAGGUCUACAUUUCACUAAUGCCUGUGGUACUGAAGGUAAUCCCGCUAAUGAUGCUGAUAAUGCUGUUACUCUAAGUGCUGGUUCUUUUCAGUCUAAGGCUACCAUCAAAGUCACAGACUAUAAUUUUCAAUCACUCAAACUCGUUAGUGGUCAAAGUCUUACUAUCUCCAUCAACAGCGGAACUAUCAAGAAUGCUACUAACAAUCUCCAAAUCGGUAGUCCUGAACUCACUAAGGAUACUGUUCUGGUGCUUAAUGCCAACGGCAGUUUAAGUGGUGGAAGUGUUAGUGGUAAUGUUCCAGUUACUCUUAAAGGUAUUAUUGUGGUAACCUCCACCGAUAAACCUAUUGGGAAAAAUACACUCACCAUCACUGGUUCUGGUACCAGCAAUGGUGUGAGUGGAACCCUCAAUCUCGGGAAUCAAACCAGUCCUCCUAAGCAUAUGACAAUCACUGGUGGUACUACUAGUAAAAUCACUAUCGAUAAGACUGCCUACGACAAUCUAACUGAUAAGACUACAAAUACUCUUAAGAUUGGUGCAAGCCAUAGUACUCCUCGUGAUCCUACUAAUGCUACAGGGUAUAAUCAUACUCAAGAUACUUCAAUAGGAAUUCAUGCCAACAUACUUAAAACUGCAGCUGGUGCAAGUGAAUCCGAACCUUCUGAUGGACUUCGAGCACUGGCUAAAGCACUACACGAUAAAGCCAAUAACCUUAACGAUGCUGUAAAGAAUGUUGCUGAUAAUGAGAAUGCUGCCAAAGUACUCAAGCAUAAGGCUGGUACAAAUGAUCAAGCAUCUGAUUCUAAAUACCUAAGAGGACUAGCAGAAAAACUGUAUGAAUCAGCUCAAGCACUAGCUGAUAAAGUUACUGGUAGUCCUGAUGAUGAUGGUAAAGCCAAUGAUCUUGCCGAAGCUGUCGGUGAGAGUGAAUCCGCUACUGGAAUUAGAAAGGAACUCAAAGCACUUGCUGGUGCUAAAGGUACUGAUCUAAAUGCUCCGGCCCAAGCUGUUAAAACUGCAUACGAAAACGGCCUUAAUGGUGUAAAACCUAAAUUCGAAGCAGUUAAGGGACAAAAAGAAAAAUAUACCGAUCCUGCUAAGUAUCAAGCAGUUGUAGAUGCCUGGAAUGCUUUCAAUGCUGUGUAUAAUCCUGAAGAACAACUCAUGGAUGCUGUAAAUAGUCUCCAAGGGGCACUCAAUCAACUCGCAGAUGCCAGUAUUAUUAAUCUCCAUAGCAAGGCUGAGGAAGUAAAAAAGAAAUUUGAAGGUUGGGGUACUGGCGUUAAAUCUAAAUUCGAGUUGGUUCAGAAACAAGAAAAUGCAUACACUGCAGAGAGGUCAUAUAUCCUAAUAAAUUCUACUGGAUUGUUAUUCAUUCUUUCUCUCUAUUUGGUCAGAAUGGUAACUAAAACUGAAUACGUAUUUCACAAAGUUGGUGAUGAUAAAAAUGGUUUCGGAGGUUGGAGAACAUACAAAAAACACAAACCAGGAGGAUCAGGGGGAUGCGCCGACGAUGAACCUGUUGUUCAUAAUUGGUUCUGGCACUUCUUUGAUAUCCUGGAUGCUAGUCAGAAUCGGCUUACUAUUACAUAUAAGGGUGACGAUAAGGCUAAGGUUGAGAAUGCUGGUUAUACAGAGGAACAAGUUGCUGGUACUACUAAUUAUAAGUAUACUGUUACCGAUGCUAAAAAUAUAACUUAUACUAUUGUAACUACUAGCCAGCUUACUGAUAGUAGUGCUACUGCUACUGGUACUGUUACUAUUGAAUAUGGUCAUAUAUUUGCUGAAGGAUUCAUUUCGCUUGAAGAUCCUGAGGCAUCCGAACACAAACCAGGAGGAUCAGGGGGAUGCGCCGACGCUGCUGAAGCUGAUAAUCUUGUUCAUGCUUGGAUAUGGCACUUCUUUGAUAUCCUUAUAGUCCUUAAGAUCUUACUUACGGCCAUUUUAUAUAUUCACUCCACUCCAGCCAUUCUAUGGACUCUAGCUUACGGAAUCUAUACUGAUACUAAAAUAAAAGAAGCAAUAACUAAAUAUCCUCCUGAUCCUAGUAUUAAAACAAUUAACUAUGGUACUCCUCCUAACUGUAAUGCUAACCAGGCUACUGCUAAUGGUACUGCCAGCAUUGAAGCUCCUACUGAUCUUGGUGCUACUCUUACUAUUACUACUAUAUAUUCCUAA